GAGAGAGAGAUAUGGCUUCUGUUGCUUUGACUUCUCUCAUUGCAACAAUGAAGUUGGAGUUUCUACAACCCAAUAAUCCAAGGGUUUCUCUUGAUGAUGAAGCAUCCAUAUCAAUCAAUUCUUUGUUUGAAAACCUUUCAUCUUUGCAAGCUUUUCUGCAGAAGAAAUCCGGAGCUGCUGCAAUCAGAGAUUUGGAAGUCAAGAUCAGAUACUUUGCACUGGAAGCCGAAGAUCACAUCAAAAUACAACUAAGCAACUUUCUUCUGGCCAAGAAGGGAGAGGAUCAACAAAAAGCUUCUCAGCAACUCAAUCAAACUUUGGGAGAAGCAGCAGAAAACGCAGCAGAUUUGCUGAAAAUAAGCAACGAAGCUAGCGCUGAUGAUGAUGAAAGUCAACGACAAUUGAUUCCCUGGAUAAAACAUUCUUUGGCUUCUGAGCCCAGCAAUGUUAUGCAUUCUCUGAUGGUCGGGCGUCAUCGUGAUCUUAUGCAGAUAGAGGAUAAACUCGUCCGGAACGCAUAUGGACCCAAAGUGAUCACAAUUCUUGGCAUGAUUGGUAUAGGAAAAACAACUACUUUAGCUAAGCAUCUCUAUAAUCAUCCAAACGUUACAUCCCAUUUUGAUAUACGAGGUUGGGUUACUAUAUCUGGGGAAUACAACAAGACCCAAACGCUAUACGACCUUCUUUGGACACUAACAAUGGAGGCAAACAUUCAUAAUGACGAUGAUGCAGCAGCCCAGCAGGUCUACAACUUCUUGAGAGAAUGGUUUGAGGGUCUUGAUUAUGUAGUUUCAACUAAUCGAAACUUGCAGACACUAGUUAUUUCUGGUAAAGAAUCCCAACUUGGAGCAUCUACUCUCUGUUUGCCUUGUACAAUUUGGGAGUCACCGCACUUACAGCAUCUUGAACUUGACAAAUCUUAUGAAAUUGAUCCGCCAAGCAUGGAUAAAGAUAUUAUGCAGACAUUAUCUUGGGUGUGUCCAACUCAUUGCAGAACAAAAGAAAUGUAUUGCAGGUUUCCAAACAUUAAAAAAUUGAAAUUUUUUGUAUUUGGAAGCAAUCCCAUUGUUUUGGAUACUCUUGAAUAUUUGGAACGACUUGAGAAGCUAUCAAUUUCAGUUUGGGUUGGUUGCAUUGUAACCCUUCCAAAACCAUCUAUGUUUCCUUCACAACUAAAGAAGUUGAGAUUGAAUGGUACUAACCUUUCUGAGAGGGAUUUAAUGGUAAUUGGCAUGUUGCCUCAACUUGAGGUUCUCAAGUUGGAAAAUACUUUUCAUGAGGAAAUUUGGGAUGUAGAUGAAGGAAGAUUCAGUCCAUUAAAAUUCUUGCUUCUUGAAAAUAAAACACUCAGGCGCUGGCCGGUUGAAAUCCCUUAUGUCUUGGAAGAUACUGUUUUCUUGAAGUCAAUUGAGUUGCAGCAAUGUUGUCGUGCCCUCAUUGCUUCUGCAGAGGGUUUUCUAGAAUAUAAACGCGAGAUUGGAAAUGAAAAUUUUGAGAAUAAGUCUUUGGAAACAAUCUCUGUCCUUCGGAAACAAUCUAAGCGAUUAAAGAUUGUUGAGUGCAUACAUAUGAAAUCCGAGAUAGAAGAGGAAGUGAAAUGA